ACAUUGAACACACUCAGCCAGUGUGAGGAGGACUGAAAGGAGGUACAUGGCCAGAGUUGUGGGAAUGGAGACAGCAGCAAUGGGAGGCCGUACAGCACCCUAUGUCAAAAAAUUCAACACACCAGCAGUGUGUGAGGAGACCUGAAAGUGGCACAUGGCAGAGUUGGCGAUGGAGACAGCAGCAAUGGGAGGCCGUACAGGGACCCAUGACAGACUCUGGACUUGGCAGCAGCAUGAGGAGGCGGUAUAGGGGCCCAUGGCAGAGAUUAGGGUCCUGGCAGCAGCUAUGGGAGGCCCGUAAUCUGCCAGCACCCUAUGUCAAAAAAAUUCAACACACCAGCAGUGUGAGGAGACCUGAAAGUGGCACAUGGCAUGAGAGACUGUGGACCUGGCAGCAGCAUGAGGAGGCGGUACAGGGGCCCAUGGCAGAUUAGGGGCCUGGCAGCAGCUAUGGAGGCCCGUAAUCUGCCAGCACCCUAUGUCAAAAAAUUUCACACACCAGCAGUGUGUGAGGAGACCUGAAAGUGGCACAGGGCAGAGUGUGGCGAUGG